GUUAGCUACCUUGCAGGUGCUGGGAACCCAACCCAGGUCCUCUACAAGAGAACCCAGUGCUCUUACCCCAGAGCCAUCUCAUCUCUAUAGCCCACAAGUCAAAAUGUUUAACAAGGGUUCAAACGUUCCAGAGGAUGACUUGCUUUAAAAUGCCUGUGGGCAAGAUCUUGUUAUUUAAUUCAUACAUUUAUCUUGUGUUUGAUGGAGCUGGUUAUCUCUUUCCACGUUGUGGGGUCCAGGGAUUGAUGAGAGACAUCCAGACUUGGCUGCAUGCCCCUUCGCCUGCUGAAUAAGCUGCCUCGAAGGCCUGAGCUUAUCCUUGUUUCAUUCUCCCAUCAGGUGGAGCCAUCUAGUGUCUCUCUGGGUCUGAGGAAAUAAAAGUACCUGAAGAACUUUCCAGCUGGAGGGAGCGUUGUAAAGAAUGUCCAGUCAGGCACGCAGAGACUUGGGGGCAGAAUUCGUUCUGAAGCCUGUGGCUUUUCCUCCCUUUCACAAGGAUAAGUGAACAUUUUCAAAGGGCCAGGAUCUCCCAGAGGAAGUUCUGCAUUAAGAUAACUGCAGGAAAGAACUUAAUGUUUGGUUUCCUGGUCCGGUCCUGCGGUCUGCUGUCACUCAGAGGCUCAGACCCGAUGGUCCACUGUGCGGCGCUGCUGUUCCAUCUCCAGCCGCGCUCCGGGCAGGGGCGGGCUUUGCAAUCUGACCCGCCAUCUUUCCUCCCCUCGGUCCCUCUAGGUUCGGGGACCCCGAGACUGUGUGCUUUGUCCUUUGGCCCUGCGACUCUGCUGCGGGAGGAGCGCAGUGAGGACAGGAUGUCCGGGAAUCAGGAGAUGUGCUGAGGACCUGUGUUGAAGAGAAUGGUGUCAUUACAGGACUCUGUAUCAUUUGAGGAUGUAGCUGUGGACUUCACCUGGGAUGAGUGGCAGGAUCUGGACAUUGAGCAGAGGACCCUCUACAGGGAUGUGAUGCUGGAGAACUACAGCAGCCUGCUCUUCUUGGGGCACUGCAUGACCAAACCUGAGUUGAUCUUCAAGCUGGAGCAUGGUUUUGGGCCAUGGGGUGCGGCAGAAGCAUCUGUCCAGAGCCUCCCAGAUGUUCUUGAAGUAACUGCCAUGAUGGAGGCCAUCCAGGAAAAUGACAAGGGACGUUUGUGGAGCAUUGGAACCACCAAUAGCAAGAAAUCCAAUGAGAAGAUUGUUGAAGCCGACCUAAAAAUGCAACAGAAAGUCCAGCAGAAAAAAUCCUAUGAAGGUAAAGGAUGUGUGAAGGUGUUUUACCAGAAGUUAUAUCACAGCAGGAAUAACAAAGAUUUCGAUCAUAAAUCAGCUUUCAGUCAAUGUCAAAGACUUCAUAGAGUGGAGAGACCUUAUGAGCAUAAAGAAUUCAAGAAUACUUUGUCCUUCAAAUCACAACUCACUGCACAUCAGGCAUCUCAUACAGGUGAGAAGCCAUAUGAAUGUACAGAAUGUGAGAAUGUUCUCUACUACAAGUCACAAUUCACCCAACAUCAGACUACUGAUGCUCACCAGAAGCCCCAUGAAUGUAUGGAAUGUGGGAAAUCUUUUUACAGUCAAUCAGAUCUUGGUGACCAUCAGGGCACACAAACAGGAGAGAGGCCAUAUCAAUGUCCAGAAUGCAAAGAAGCUCUCUCAUACAAGUCAAACCUCAUUCAGCAUCAGAUAACUCAUAAAGCUGAAACACCUCUUGAAUAUAAACAGUGCAACAUAGUCUUUGAUAAGUCUCAGUUCACUGUGAGUCAGAGAACUCAUACAGCAGAGAAGCAGUAUCAAUGUAUGGAAUGUGGGAAAGCAUUCAACCGCAAGUCAACCCUUACUGUGCAUCAGAGAACUCACACAGGGGAGAAGCCCUAUCAGUGUUCAGAAUGUGGGAAAGCUUUCAACUGUAAGUCUAACCUUACUCUACAUCAGAGAACUCAUACAGGAGAGAAGCCCUAUCAAUGUACAGACUGUGGGAAAGCCUUCUGCAGGAAUUCUGACCUUACUGUGCAUCAAAGAACUCAUACAGGUGAGAAGCCCUAUGAAUGUAAGCGGUGUGGAAAAGCUUUCUGUAAAAUCUAUUCUCUAAUGGUACAUCAAAGAACUCAUACAGGGGAAAAGCCUUAUGAAUGUAAACAGUGUGGAAAAGCCUUCUUUCAAAUGUCUUCCCUCAGGGUGCAUGAAAGAACUCAUACAGAUGAGAAGCCUUACGAAUGUAAACAGUGCGGGAAAGCCUUCUACUUCAAGUUUAAGCUCACUGUACAUCAGCGAACUCAUACAUUGGAGAAGCCUUAUCAAUGUGUAGAAUGUGGAAAAGCCUUCUGUCACAAGUCUGACCUCACUUUGCAUCAAAGAACUCAUACAGGUGAGAAAAUCUAUGAUUGUAAACAGUGUGGAAGAGCCUUCUGCUAUAAAUCUGCUCUCAGGGUACAUCACAGAACUCAUACAGGAGAGAAGCCCUAUGAAUGUAAACAGUGUGGAAAAGCCUUCAGACAAAUGUCUGCUCUCAGGGUCCAUGAGAGAGCUCAUACAGGGGAAAAUCCCUUUAGAUGUCCUAUAUGUGGGAAUGGUUUUAACUUUGAGUCAGUCCUUACUCUGCAUCAGAGAACUCAUACAGGGGAGAAGCCCUAUCAAUGUUCAGAAUGUGGGAAAGCUUUCAACUGCAAGUCAAGCCUUACUCUGCAUCAGAGAACUCAUACAGGGGAGAAACCCUUUCAAUGUUCAGAAUGUGGGAAAGCUUUCAACUGCAAGUCAAGCCUUACUCUGCAUCAAAGAACUCAUACAGGUGAGAAGCCCUAUGAAUGUAAACAUUGUGACAAAGCCUUCUCCAGGAAGUCUCAGCUCACUGUGCAUCAAAGAACUCAUACAGGUGAGAAGCCCUAUGAAUGUAAACAGUGUGGAAAAGCCUUCUCCAGUAAGUUUCUAUUAACUUUGCAUCAAAGAACCCAUACAGGGGAGAAGCCUUAUCAAUGUACCGAAUGUGGGAAAGUCUUCUGCAGUAAGUGUGAACUCACUAUGCAUGAAAGAAUUCAUACAGGUGAGAAACCUUAUGAAUGUCAGCAGUGUGGAAAGUCCUUCCGCCAAAGAUCUGCUCUCAAGGGGCAUCAAAGAACGCAUACAGGGGAGAAGCCCUAUGAAUGUAAACAAUGUGGAAAAGCCUUCUACCAAAUGUCUGCUCUCAGGGUACAUCACAGAACUCAUACAGGGGAGAAGCCCUAUGAAUGUAAACAAUGUGGAAAAGCCUUCUGCCAAGUAUCUACACUCAAGGUACAUGAAAGAACUCAUACAGGUGAGAAGCCCUACGAAUGUAAACAGUGUGGAAAAGCCUACUAUAGCAAGUCACAACUCACCCAACAUGAGCGAAAUCAUAUAAGUGAGAAACUCUAUGAAUGUACAGAAUGUAAGAAAGCUUUCCACUUCAAGUCACAUCUCUCUGCACAUCAGAGAACACAUACAGGAGAGAAGCCCUAUAAGUGUUCAGAGUGUAAUAAAUUUUUCUCCUGCAAAUCAAACCUUGUUCAACAUCAGAAAACUCAUUUGAGUUAGAAACACUAUGAAUGUACAGAAUGUAGGAAAACUUUCCACUUCAUUUCAUAUAUAUAU